AUGCUAUUUGCAGUCCUCCAAGGCCAACACCCGGACGCCGCAACCAAGAAACGAAAGACGCCUGGACAAGAACCACAGCCUGUCGAACAACCCCGCGAUGCAGAUCUUGCUAUUGGACAAGGAUAUGUUAGAAAAAACGAGCAUGAAAAGAAAAUGUGCCUCGAACGUGACCAAAACAAGUGCAUCUUCACCAACGACACGAACCCAGAAGUUUGCCAUAUUGUACCCUUCGCAUUCAACUCGACCACGACAAAUUUGCGAGCAUAUACGACCAAUUUCUGCUGUACAAUGGCAGCAUUGUUCAUUGACCAGGAAGAUGCCUUGGCCGGCAACGGCCUGGUUGCGUCAGGUCUAGGAUGCAGUGAUAAAAGCUGGAACAUGCUCUGCAUAGACGCCUCCCUCCAUGCGGCAUGGUCCAGGCUGCAAUGGGCAAUCGAGUGCAUUGGCAUCGAGCCUUAUUCUGGUUUCCACUGGAUGCCGCUCCGACGUGGCGAUGCGGACCCUGAUAAAAGGGUCAGUCUAGAACCCGGCACGAGCGACUACCGGGGUAUGAUGGACAGGAUGUGCAUCGCUGUCCCCGAAAGCAGCGAAGGGCACCGGCCCGGUUCGGCCUCUCAAAUGCCCUCCACCACCAUGCAACAGCACGACCUCCAACCACCUUUCUCCGGCCAAGAAUUUCGGGUAGUCCACAAUACCCGCGAAGAUGCCGAGAAAAUGCAACGGAUGGUCAACAUACAGUGGUGCUGUGUACGGCUCGCAGCAAUGUCUGGCGCGGCUGGGCCUGACGACCUCGACGACGAUUUCUCUGAAUUCGAUCAUGACAGAGAGGAAUAUGAAAUUGACGUGUGGCGGCGAGAAAUAAGCCAAAGCCGUGAUGCCUAG